UAAAAUUUCAAACAGAACCAACCCAUUACCCAACUCUACUUCCCUAUAUAACAUACUUCACUUGAUACCAUUUCAUAUCAAGCUCAAUUCCCUUCAACAACAGCUAACUAAUUGAGGUUCAUCUCUCCAGAACAUAUACUAAUGGAUUCAGGGCGCAGAGACGAUUCAACAGUGAUCACUAUGCCUGAGUCAAAGUCAAAUGGUAAAGGAAAGGCUCCUGCAGUUGCUAUGGCUACUACGAAAGCUGCACCGGGAGGGUGGAAAAAAGGGGUAUCCAUUUUCGACUUCAUUUUGAGACUAAGUGCCAUUGGUGCAGCUCUAGGCGCCACUGCAACUAUGGGCACAACCGACGAAACUCUGCCUUUCUUCACUCAGUUCUUCCAGUUCCAAGCUGAAUAUGAUGAUUUCGAAGUUUUCUUGUUCUUUGUCGUUGCAAACGGGAUAACAAGUGCAUAUCUUGUCCUCUCCUUACCUUUCGCCAUUGUUUGCAUUGUUAGGCCUCAUGCAGUCGGACCAAGGCUUCUCCUUCUCAUCUUUGACACAGUGAUUAUGGCUCUGACUAUCGGGGCUGCUGCGGCUGCUGCAUCUAUUGUGUAUUUGGCUCAUAGUGGGAAUCCCAACGCAAAUUGGCUUCCUAUUUGUCAGCAGUUUGGUGACUUCUGCCAGAGUACUAGUGCGGCUGUGGUGAGCUCUUUCAUUGCAGCAUUUUUACUCAUGUUCCUCGUAGUGUUAUCUGGUUUUGCUCUUCGGAGAAACUAGUGAAGAAGGAGGGUUUAUUUUCUCAUUAUAUGUAAUGUGGUGUUGUCAAUCAACUUGUGUUUUGUGUGAAUGUUGCGAUAUUAAUCCCCUGCUUAAGCUCUGUAAUUUCGUGUUGUGUAGUGUAACAUGGUUUAUGUAAUGA